AUGCAAACAUCGGUACUCCCGGUCAAUAAUAGGCGAACUAGAACAUCUCAACAAGUCAGAAAUGGCGUAAUCGUUUCACGUAAAAAUUCGAUUUCUGCUUCACAUCGUCGAUCGGUAGAACGCCAAGAAAGUUCAGCUGCCAUAUCGAAAAAAAAACCUCCACCACUACUAUCUCGUCGAAUUCAUACAGAAAUAACGGACUUACGUUCAACAGAACAGUCACCAUCACCAUCCGUAGCAACUGUACAAUAUAAUCAAGCCCCUCGUUUAUCAUGGAUAAUACCACCGGCUACCGCCGAAUCAGCACGUCUCGAAAGUAGCGAAAAUGGUAAAUGGAUACCACCUACGGUACAAAUGUUGGUACUGAAACCGUUGAAUGCUGUAGAGAUACGAACAAGAUGUAUUUUUCUUCGAGUAGGAGAAAUUGAUACGCUUAAUGAGCGUUAUUAUGGUGAAAUAUUGUUUGAAGCCAGUUGGAAUGAUAUUAAAUUGAAGAAUAAAACAACAUAUGAUCCAUCAGUUGGUCAUUGGAAUCCAAAUCUAGUUAUUCUAAAUAGUAUUGGUGAUGUCAAACAUGAAACAUCCUAUUCGAUCUACGAAGACGGAACAAAUAUUCCAGAAAUUACCGAACAUCAUAGAAUUAAAGGAACAUUUUGGGAAAGAAUGGAAUUGUAUCAUUUUCCCGCUGAUGUUCAAGAGCUUUCUUUAACAAUGACAACAACUCGGCGUGAUGAUGAGCUAAGAUUUUUCCAAAAUUAUUAUAAACCUAGUGGUGUUAUUCGAACAAUAUUUACCGAUGAACAAGAAUGGUAUUUGUAUGAACAUUGUGAAAUACAUAUACAAGAACCAAUUGAAGAAUUUUCUGAUAAUGGUGAUCGAAUUAAACAUGGCGUUGUUGUAUGCACUUGUCAUGUAGCAAGAAAAUGUGGUUAUUUUUUUUGGAAUUUAUAUUUUCUUGUGUUUUUAAUAACAUCGGCGAGUUUUUGUACAUUUGCCAUUCCAAUAACAAAUACUCAUGGACGUGUACAAGUUGCAUGUACAUUACUUUUAACGUCCGUUACAUUUCGAUGGACAGUAAAUAAAUCACUACCCACAAUUUCGUAUCUAACUGCUGUGGAUAUUUAUGCGAUUGGUUCUAUAUUUGCUUUAUGCUUGUUGAACAUCUAUCAUGGAGUAAUUGGCUAUAUUAAUUAUUAUAAGAGUACAAAUGACAGCAAUGUAGCAUCGAACACCACCGCUGAAUUUGCCCUUGUUAUUAUUGAUCGUUAUACACUCGUAGUAUUCUCAGCACUUUAUUUUUCUUAUCAGAUACUUAUCGUCUUUUGGAUGUGGAGGGGUCCAUGGAAAAAACGUCGAUUAAUGAAUAAAAAAGAUUCGACUAAAAAAUAUAAUUAUUUGAGACAGUCACUAAAACCACCACCAUCACCACUAUUAAAUUCAAAUAAACCAGGUGAUGUCAAAACAAUAACUUCAACACUUAUUCAAGAUCUAGAAUAA